GCCAUGAGGUGCAUCGAUCCAGCGCUGAAAACACUCUCCUCGGUAAAACGAGGGGACCACCGCCGUUACAACAAAUGGCGGUACCGUCGUAACUUACCUCCUCUGCCCUCCCCCCACCCCGUGUGUCUCGUCUGGUGGGAAAAAGUUCGUCACACACCUCCGGUACAUCUCCGGCGUGACGACGGUUAACCAUACAGUCGCACAGCGAGAUCCGACUCGCGAGGGAACCUCGACUUCUCUCGGCUGGCGAUUUUCCUGGCGCGUCGCGACUCGCGUGCCCUAGUCCCCCCUUGGUUUUUCCUUUUGCAAACUGAAACGAGGGGAAUCCGAGGAGCCCCCUUUUCCCCCCGAUCUCCGAUCCCCCGUACCGUACCGUACCGUUCCGAUCGUUCUCGGAGAACGGCACUCGCUCAAGAGGAAGAGAGAGAGAGAGAGAGAGAGAGAAAGAGAGAGAGAGAAGUCGCCGCCUGUUCGUCCUCGCUUGCGUUUGUGAUCUGCCUCGAUACAGCGAUCGUUCAACAAACGUAUUGGAGUGAAAUACGGACCUCGAGGAUUACUUGGUGUUGUGAAGUGAGUGAAGUUCCGAGGGAAAAUUCGUUAUGUCAAGGAGAGAAGAAAAGAGAGAGAGAGGGAAAGAAGAGCGACGACGUGCCCGAAGGUGUCGUUGACGUUUCAUGUGUCAGUGUCCUCUCCUCGUCUCUCCCGCAACGCUAUUCCCCAUCUCGUUCUCAAGCUCCAAGCUUUCGUGGAUUUUUAUUUCGCUCUUGAAGAAAGCAUUCUCUGAAGAGAAAGACUGAAGUACACGAAGAUAUAUUUCGGAAUGCGGUGUAAACUAUAUUCCUAAAAGCCAACGAAAUCAUAUAAUCGAUACUAUAGCCCUAGUUAUCCUUUCUUACCUGACAUAGGAUAUCCCUAUUCGGCCACUAUGAUCCUAUAUCCCUAGAUCCCCGUAAUCUUUAUCCAAUUGCACAAUACACGUUCUCCUUUCUAACAUAAUCAUAAUCCAAAUAUCAUAAAAAAUUACUCCAUAGUUGUUAUUCAACCAUCAUCUCCUACAUUUUUUUCUUACUUAUAAUACGUAUAAUAUGUAUUACGUUAUUAUAGCUAAUAUUAUUACCACAAUUACUCCAAUCAAUUAAUAUUUUCAUAAAUCAUCCCUUUUUUCUAUUUAUUUCUCUAUUUUUUUCAAUAUCUCUGCCUUUUUUCCUCUUCAUUGUUUUUGCUCCGAAAAAAUUUCAAAGUCAAUAAUAAUUUUUAUAAUAGUUCUUGAUUUGCCCGAUACUCUUUAAAAAAUCGGUAAAAAGAAGAAGAAAAAGAAGUUAUUCUUCAACAUCAUCCGGGUCGUGGCGCGAUGCCGGAUGACAGAUUAAACUGGGAGCGGCUGUCAAAGGCGGAAUCCCUCGGGAACAACCUUCCCGUUCGGGAGAUAGAGUUCGACGCAGAAUGACGAGCUCGUGUUGCUGUUGCCGGAAGCGAAGCCGCGAAGAGGAGCGACGAGCAACCCGGCGACGAAGACGACGAAGACGAGGAGCGAGUUCGGGGUCCUCUAGUGCCAGCGGAGGGCUAUGAGCGCUGACAAUGGGGACGAAUCCUUGCCCACGUGGCGUUUAUGGGGCGAGGAGAGGGGCGACGGCGUCAUAUACACGGUGUACCUGAAGAAGGUCCGAUACCACCGGCCUACAAGGAGUCUCUCGGCAUCGGAUUCUGACGACGAGAUCUCGCACCUGGAAUGGGAGACGGUGAGGGUGCGCUUCCUGAAAGCCGGCACGGUGCAGCGGCUGGUCGAGAGCCUGGCGAAUGACGACGGCGAGUUGGAGUCCACUUACAUAAACGUCUUCCUGGCGACUUAUCGGGCGUUCACGACGCCGCGCGAGGUCCUCGAGCUGCUGCUCGCGCGAUACGACGCCCUGGACGAGAACGCCGGCGGCUGCGAGCAGCAUCGCAAGACCCUCGUCCAGGCCCUGCACGUCUGGCUGGACGCGUAUCCCGGCGACUGGAAGUCGCCCCCCAACCACCCCCUCCUCGCCAGGCUCCUCGACUUCACGCAUCGGCGCCUCCUCGGCUCCGAGCUCGAGCUUAAGGCCAGGCACCGGCUGCACCGCUUCCAGCGCGAGGAUCAAAUAGAUUCCUGCAUAGUGUACGACAAUGGUCGGCUACCCAUGCGCGGUUCCCCGGAUCCGAUGUCGGAUCACUGGGGAAACUACAUCUUCCCGGAAGUGCCCCACCGUCACUUUGCCGAGCAGCUGACACGAAUGGACGCCGAGGUAUUCAAGAAGCUGGUCGCCCAUCAAUGCCUCGGUGCCGUCUGGUCCAGAAAGGAUCGUACCAGGAGUCACGAGGCCGCCACGGUGGUGGCGACCGUGAAUCAAUUCAAUGCCGUUCCGACGCUCAAGUCGCAGGAUCGCGCCAGGAUCCUCGAGACGUGGAUUGAUAUCGCGCAGGAACUACGCAUCCUCAAGAACUUUAGUAGCCUGAAGGCGAUUGUCUCCGGCCUCCAGAGCAAUCCGGUAUACCGGCUGGAAAAGUGCUGGCAGUGCAUGCCUAGGGAGAAGCAUGAGCUCUUUCGGGAACUCGAGAGGAUAUUCUCCGAGGAAAAUAACGCCUGGACGCAGAGGGAACUGCUCAUCAAGGAGGGCACCGCCAAGUUCGCCGACACUGCCGGAAGGAGCGAUAGACAUUUGCAGAAGCUCUUUCAGAAACAAAAUACUCACGCGGGCAAUAUCAGCUACGGCACGAUACCGUAUUUGGGCACUUUCCUGACUGAUCUAACGAUGAUCGAUACAGCAAUACCGGAUACGAUAGCGGACGGUCUCAUUAAUUUCGAUAAGAGACGGAAAGAGUUCGAGGUGCUGGCAAGGAUACGGCUCUUACAGGGUGCGGCGAAUGCGUACAAUUUCAACACGGACGCCAUGUUCGAUCGUUGGUUCCACUCGGUAUUGGUAUUGGACGAUCGGGAAGCUUACAAGCUUAGCUGUCAGAUUGAGGCACCACCAGCGGGCAAUACUCUUAACAAUCGCGGCAAAAAGAAGCAAAAUCAUCAGGGUCAUCGGAAAAAUGACUCGAUCGCGUCGACGUCGAGCUCCAGCAGUUCCCAGUUCUACUGCGACCUCGACUCUCUACCGAGCUCGCCUCACAACUCGUUGGACCGGCGAACCUCGCCCUCGCAAAUGUCCAGUUCGUCCUCGAGUUCGUCUCUACCUUCUCUCGACGUGUCCUUGGGCUCAGGCGGGGGUGGCAACCAUCAGACCCGUCUGGCGCCUCCGGCAGGCGCUGUCCCAACUAACGGAAGCACCCCCAAUCUCGCCGGACUAUCCAGUCCCAGCCACUCGCACAAGAGCUCGCCGGACUUUUACAUCAUCAAGGUCACCAUGGAGACGGACAACGUGGAGACGGAGGGCGUGGUGCUUUACAAGUCCAUCAUGCUGUCAAACAACGAGCGGACGCCGCAGGUGAUCCGUAACGCCAUGCUGAAGCUCAGCAUCGAGGGCAAUCCCGAUCAGUACACCCUCGCCCAGGUGCUACCUGAUCGUGAGAUGGUACUACCCACCUCGGCCAACGUCUAUUACGCUGUAAAUACCGCGCACAAUCUCAAUUUCAUACUGAGACCGAGGAGGGAGCCCAACGACGCAACCUCGGACAGUCCCAGGAGCAAGGCCAGCGUUCACAAUCACAAACGGUAGUCGUGAACACCGGUUGCCCCUACGUCGUAAACAUUCGUAAGAUCGGAAAACGAUCCUCGAAAUUCGCUGAUAACGCAAGCGGACGCAGUUUCGAAACUUUGGACGCGAGAUCAGAGUGAUGGUGGAAAGUAAAACCGAUCGGGGUAAUUGUGAUCGAAAAUAAAUGUGAUAUCGGAACGCAAUAACGAAUCAAAUAUCAAGCUAUAAUAUGUUACGCAAAUGCACAACAAUAUUAAUUAUGAUAUUAUUAAUAUUCAGAAAUGUAAUAUUAGGGACAGUGUUGAUAGCAUCUUGUAAUUAACAUUAUCGAUAAUAUUAAUUGGUAGUUAUUAUUAUUAAUCAAUAUAUUAUCCUGGUUGAUUAGUAAUAUUAAGUAUUAAUUAUAUAAUAUAUCAUUAAAAUAAAAUACAUAUCUAUCGUUAUAUAAAAUAUUACAACUCAUUUGGUUCGCCAUCGUAAUUUAAAAACGAUGACAAUUUAAUUAACAAUUUUUAUACGCGAAAAAUAGAGUGAUGACCAUCAUGGGUAUCACGAUUACCUCGAUCGGUCGCACAUCUUCCUUCAACGUGUAUCGGAAUUGAUGAAAAAAGAAGAGCGAAUCUCAUCGUCAAUUAGAUUUUGUUUAUUAAGAUUUACCAUGACAGCUCGGCUUUUUCGCUUCCCGAUGCGAUACAAAUAAUCGAGCGAUGCCGAAGUACGAUUAAGUAUGGUCAUUCCGGUACGACUGGAAGUGCGUAAACAUAUGAUUCGUACUCAGACACAACGCGAAUAUACAUAACUGCGCAAUCGGGAUCUACUCUAGCAUUACUAAGCGUGAGUCACACACGCGAGGUUCUUAUCAAUGCCACGAUAAUGCAAACAAGCACAAGGGCCCCGUAUUCUUGCCGCUUUAACGUCGCGUUUGAUAUCAGAGCAUUUAUAAUGUUAUAAGCGCGAUUUCUCUCCGAUCUCGUUAUUUCUCGUUAAUUUUCGUUUAAUAAAAAUCAAUUGAAAGAUAGCGCGAGAUCAUCGAGAGAUAAUUGAAGAUUUAUAAAUAUAUCUCCUCAUUUUUAUUCUUUAUUGUAGUCACAUUUAGCGCUAAAUACGAUGUGAUCCCGAGUGAUAUUUAUCUGACAUAAAGACGAUAUUCGAGACGCGAUAUUAUAAAAACAUUAUUAUAUUUAAAUAAUUAGGACCUUUGUUAUCUAUUUUUGUUUAUCAUUAAAAAGCCAUAUUUUACAUUAAAAUAUGGUCUUUUACUCUUACGACUGUUAUUUGUCUGUUGUAAUAAUUAGUUUGGACGAGAUAUUAACGGAACGAUAAUUGUAUGUCACAGAACAAUGCACAAACAGUGUUUUCGUUAUUGUAAGACAGCCGUGUUUAGCAUUAAAUGUGUAAAAAGAAUAACGGGCGCUUACGACAGAACUUUGCGCGUGUGCGUGCGUGUAUAUACGCUAUACAUAUAACACGUGUGUUCUUCACGAAACGAAAACGAGAUUAUAGAUAAUUAAAACGGAACGAGUCUCGAGCGACUCGCCGUUUCCGGCGGAUCCUUGUGUGUGAUCCUUGUGAAUAACUGCAUAGAGCGCGGUAAACUCGACCAAGCAAGAGGGGGGGCCUCGUGUGCUCUCAUGUGAAAAAAAAAAUUGUCAAUUAUUAUAUCGCUAUUCUCUCGUGUAAUUAGAAGAAAAAAAAAAUAGCAGGAACCGCGAGAUUUUAGAACUGCCCUCAUAUAUUCUGUCCUUUUGUCCUUCUCGCGAAUUUGUCCGAUGAAUUUCGCGAAGGCAAAAAAAUUCUGUGAUAAAAGAAUCUCUUUCUUUCGACUUUCUACGACGAAAUAAAGAAAGAAGGUCAGCCGCCACUGAUCAGACAAGUCCACUUUUUCUAAUAUUACUGGAAAGCUCGGAAGAAGUGUCCAAGAACGAAGAGAGAUCUUAUUUUAUCCUCCCGUUCGCGAGGCGACGAAAUAGAAAUAAACGACUGCUAGACAAGUCUAUAUUUUUCCACUGAAAAGAAAUUGCAUGAGAAAUAUUUUUAACUCGGUAAAACAAAAAGAUACUGUCGCGAAAGUCAGAUAAAUUCAUUUUUUUCCACUGUCUUGGAAAAGUUUGAAAGAUUUUAAUGAAGAAGUAAUUAGUAGAAGUAUAAAAUUGAUAUUAUCUUCUUAUUUAUAUCUUUAUUUUGUAUUAAUUUACUUUCUCUACAAAUUCGCACGAAUUUAUAGCAUAAGACGGCGAGAAUGUCAACAUGUUUCAUAUUAAAAAUUGUAACAUAUACAUAUAUUUUAAACAUGUUUUCUCUGAAAAGGUUUAUAUUUAAAAAAUUGUCUUUGUAAAUACUUGUACAUAAAACAAAACAAAAACGAAAAUUAAUAUGCUUCAUAAAUUUGUAGUAAAGACUAUCACACAAUCUGUGUCCUUUACAUUUUUUAAUCAAUUAAUAAUUAAAUGUUUUAUAAAACAUUUGCAAUUUACAUAACUACAAUGUGUGAUCAAAAUACUACAAUUACAUUAAAUCAUACCGAGAAUAAGUAAUAAUAAUAAUAUUUAUCAUUGAAUAAUUAAACGCGCUGGGCAUUGAAAUCACGUAUGUCUCCAACUGACUUUAAUUUCAAAUAAUUUCAAGGCAAUUGAAUUUUGAAGCAGUGAACCUACCUUUUUUACGUUUCGUUCGUAGUAUCAAUCGAUACGCUAUUACUGAAGCAAGCGCUAAAUAAUGAACGACUCAAUUGUUCGAAAAAAGCGAACUUGCCUGGUUUUUGCCGGCGGACCUUCGUUGAAUCGAAUCGAAGCCCAUGUGUUAAUCAGUUAAUCAAAAAUCAUUCCAUUUCAUCGUAUCAGCCGGUCAGUUUUUCACAUUGAUACAUUUUUUACAAAGAGCUGCAUAAAGUACGCAAAAAAAAAAAGAGAAGAAAAGAAACGAAACCGAAGGAAAACGAGAAAGAGCGAAAACACAAACACGUGGUCGAGUAUCCCGACGAUACUUAGCUCGAAUAAGGUUUCCCCGAGACGUUAGUCUUACGCAAUUUUUUGUACUUAUGUUCCCUUCUUCUUCUCGUAUCUGUUUGUCUAAUUAGCUGUACAUUUCUCACGUAGACGACUCCUCGAAAAAACGAAGAGAGAGAGAGGAGAGUGAGAUCGCGCGCCAGGACGAAGCGAAGAUGUAUGUAUGUAGUACGCGACCUGACAAAAGUGAGAAUAGAUGGCCUACACUUUUA